AUGGCCGAAGAGAAGAAGCACCACAGCUUAUUCCACCACAAGAAGGAAGGCGAAGAAGAAGAAGAAAUAGUCCAUGAUUAUGCUAAAGAAGAAAAACAUCACAAACAUGUCGAGCAAUUGACUGGCCUUGGCGCCAUGGCUGUCGGUGCAUAUGCCUUGCACGAGAAGCACAAGGCGAAGAAGGACCCGGAGAAUGCACACAAACACAAGGUACAGGAAGAGAUAGCGGCUGUGGUGGCGGUCGGAGCUGCUGGUUUCGCAUUUCACGAGCAUCACGAGAAGAAGGAUGCUAAGAAGAAAUCCGAAGAAUGUGAUCCCUAG